ACGCGGUGACCGGUGACCGGAUAGGGCGUGACAGGCCGUACGCGGUGACGUGGAGGGUGUGACAGGCCGUACGCGGUGACGCGGGAGGCGAUGGAAACGGGCACGCUGACUCCCCGGAGAGUGGUGUAGCGGUGGGAGCGGGAACUGGAGAUGGACGGCGUCCCUGAGUGUCACCUCAACUGUCCUCAUGAGCACCAGGGGCCACACAAGCAAGGAUCUCAUGGCAACGGCAGAGAAGAGCUGUUCAAUAACUCAAAUCAAGCCACAAGUCCAACUGAACAUCAGGGUGACCUCGCUUUUAUGGAAGACUGUAGCAACUGGGAUAUUGUAAAAGCUACCCAAUACGGAAUAAUUGAUAGAUGUAAAGAGCUAAUAGAAGCUGGUUAUGAUGUCAGACAGCCUGACAAGGAGAAUGUGACAUUGCUUCACUGGGCAGCCAUCAAUAACCGAAUAGAUCUAGUCAAAUACUAUGUUUCAAAAGGUGCCAUUGUGGACCAGCUAGGCGGAGAUUUAAAUUCAACACCCCUUCAUUGGGCGACCAGGCAAGGUCACUUGUCUAUUGUUGUAUUACUGAUGAAAUAUGGAGCGGAUCCCUCCUUGGUUGACAGGGAAGGAUUUACCUGCCUUCACCUUGCAGUUCAAUUCCAGCAUAUGCCUAUCGUAGCAUACCUUGUGGCAAAAGGUCAGGAUGUAGAUGCACCUGAUAUGAAUGGACAAACAGCUUUAAUGAUGGCAGCGAGCAGAAUAAUAGGGCCUGAGCCAACCGGGUUCCUUGUAAAAUUAAACGCUUCAGUAAAUGCUGUUGAUAAAGUGCACAGAAACACACCACUGCAUUGGGCUGUAAUGUCAGGAAAUGUGGCUGCAUUGAGUGUACUUCUAGAUGCCGGUGCUAAUGUUGAACUUGAAAAUGCAAUGGGAGAAACUCCUCUGGGGUUAGCCCAGCAAAACCGAAAUCCUUGGAUCUUACGUUAUCUGCUUGAUGCAAGUAUUCAGCGAAAUAGAAGUCAUUUUAUGGUGAAGGUUCUCAAGAUCUUUGAAAAAUACAAGCUUCUCCUGUUGUUUUUGAUGGCAGUGGCAGUGAUAUGGGUGACUGGCUACAUAGCAGAUAUGGAAUCUGACUCCUGGCUUCUGAAGGGCAUAUUAUUUGUUUCUACUUGGCUUGUAAUACAGCUUGUGAUAAGGCGUUUUAUAACUAUGCAGACAUACAGCUACUUCCCUUUGGCAUUCCUGUCAGCAUCGCUUUUUUGGAUGGUCAUCACGUGGUUUGUCCGGUACUUACCUGAUAUGCCUGACUCAAGAUUUCAGAUUCCAUUUGCCCUCAGCAUUACAGGCUGCAUCUAUUAUUUUUAUAAAACUUGGACAGUAGGCCCUGGUUAUCUCCAGGUUUCAGAGCAAGAGAAAAACAGGACUGUUGUGGCACUUGCAGAAACUGACUGCCUGGAUCCAAGGGUCUUCUGUACCAGAUGUCUUAUCCGCAAACCCCUCCGAUCCAAGCACUGUGUUGUUUGUGAUUGUUGUGUGGCAAAGUAUGAUCACCACUGCCUAUGGAUUGCAAGUUGUAUUGGUGCAUUGAAUCAACGGUAUUUUGUUAGCUUCCUGUUUUUCCUGUUUACAGUAGUUGUCUGGAUGGGCUAUGGAACUGUUGUGUACUGGUCCAUGCACUGUUCAACUAGCUAUGAGAAGGAUGGACUGUGGAUAUUCCUGACCGAAAUAAUUUCAUGCUCUCCAUGGAUAAUAUGGAUUUUUCUUCUUGUGGUGUUCCAUUCUUCAUGGGUGACAUUCCUGUUAUUAAACCAGCUCUAUCAGAUUUUCUGCUUGGGUCUGACAACCAGUGAAAGGGUCACUCUGAUCACACGUGCCCACAAUGGUCGACACCAUGGACUUCAGCAAAAUCCAUUCAAUCGUGGCUGUUUCCGGAAUGUGGUGGAUUUCUUCCAGUGCCGCUGCUUUGGUCUGUUUAAGCCAAACCAAACUGACUGGACUCGACAGUACAACAUGGGGUUUGAACAACCACGAACAAGUGAAUUUCAGUUUGUUUGAGAAAUAUGAACAUUGUAACUGUUUGAUAAUGAAUUGUGUGCAAAGCUUUUGUUUUGUGGUGGAGAAUAAAAACUGUAUUUCCUACUGUAGAAUUCUGAAGCAGGUGAUGUGUAUUUUCCGUACUUGGAACUGUGAUAUUUUAAAUGUGAACUUGACUUCAGUGCUAAACUGACUGAGAUGUCUUUGGUGGUCAAACAUUGGUCAAAUUCACACAUUUAUGAAAAAGAAUUGUUAAAAUCAAAUUCAUGCUUUAAAUUAUUAUAUAAAAAAACAAACUUUUUUGUCUUACAA